AUGCCCGGUGAGAUCGAUACGGGCGGGCCAAGGGUGCUGCAUCGUAAUCCCGACUGUCCAAAAUCGGUCUUCACUCAGGAGGAGGACAACACGGUGCAGCCCGCUGAGUAUGAGAAUACUGGUGACCAACGUGGAGUCACUUGCUGGCCUGGACUAUCGAGAGAAUCCUGGCAAGUGCAGAAGAGAAGGAGAAGAGAGUGGAGACGCAGACGAGUGUCUGAAAAGUCCACCGUUACUAAUGACAGCAAUAAGCUCGUGGGGAGUCAUCAGGAAGUGGCGCAUUGUCUUCAUGACUGGAAGACAGAAGCAUCAGAUCAUCGGCAGGAUCAACGAGAUUCUGUUGAACCCCAGUGGGAUCCUCACUUUCGCCUGGGCGCCGUGGAAACAGCCCUGCGAGGAUCUCCAGAGUCUUCUGAGGAGUCUAGUCAAUGUUUUUCAUCAUCGAAUAAUCAUAGAUACAUCAGCAUCAGCUCAAAUGAACAAGUUAGUUGUCAGUACAGAGUGAUUAAUACGUGGUUUGUUAAUUCACGUGACAAUCGUGCGGAGUGUAAAUUUAAUGUUGAAGGGAGAAAGACUAAAUGGCCGUCGAAGAGACAAUUUUAUUUCGAGUGUGUGCUACUAUUACUGCUUAUUGUGAUUGGACACACGAGGGUAGUGAAAACGAGUUUAAGGAUAGCUACUGUUGGUACGUUGUUCGGGGUAGUCGAAGCCGCUCCGGUAGACCUGGACGCUGGCAUCCGGGCCGAGAGGUCAGCCAAUUUGUCGCACAUCACUGGGGCAUCGAGGAAAAUACGGAUGUACAUAAAAAAUCGGCAUCUUCAAAUACUGCCGGAUGGCACUGUCAACGGAUCCAACGACGACACUUCAGAUUACACAAUAUUCCAAAGGACAUCAGUGUCUCGGGGGCAACUACGAAUACAGGGCGUUGCUACUUGUCUCUAUCUCUGCAUGGAUUCCUGUGGUCUGCUCUACGGCUCCCAUGAAUAUACAGAGGACUGUUUAUUCAACGAGACGCUGGAGCAGCACAACUACAAUACCUACAGCUCAGUCAGAUGGUCAACACCCCGGAAGACCCUGUACUUAGGCUUGAAUCGUCAUGGGCAACCGAGAAGGGUGCAAGCGCGUGGGCAUAACUUGGGUAGACUAUCGGCUUACGCAAGAGUCCUCACUCAAGUAGCCCCACCAGAUCGUGUUGAGGCACUUCAGAGUCGUAUGCUGGGUGCUCAGCACGGUGUCCGUCAUCAUCACAAUGCCCACCAUUACAGACAUCUCCAGCAGGCAAUAUGCCCAACCCUUCCGCCGCAAGAGAAAGAUGGUCGAGAUAGAUUCCGAUGUCGCAAACGGAAAAAACGAAAAAAAAGAAAGAGACAAUGCGAAGAGGGUGAGCAACCUGGUCCUCAUUGUGAAGUUCAUCGAGGAGAUGGUGGACAUCACGCAAAGGCGGAAGUCACUGGUGGAGGACCACCAGCGUCCAAGCGUUCAUGCGAGGAUGCGGCUAGUGAUGAAUUUUGUCGCCGUCAGGCACUCGAUGCACCGUCAAAAAAGAGAAAAUCUCGGAUAGAAGUUGACAGCAAGAAGGAUGACAAUUAUCAGCUGAGAAAGAAAGAAGUGAAAAAGAAGAAUGGGAAGAAGUCCACUUCAACUGACACGAGAUCUUCAACAGACCCGAGAUCUACCAAGUCCACGGCAAUUGGUGCUGAACGCAGGGAACGAGUUCCGAAGAGAAGCAAUCAAGGAAAGAAGAAAAUUCCGUACCGAUCAACUAGGACAACGCUCCCAGUGCCGCUGAAUUAUUCUAACCAAAGCUCGAUAUCAUGGAAGUCAACGUCUACAACAGUUAUGGUGUCGAACAAUCAAAAACUGUCAACUUCAGCGAAGAAUGCUGUCACGGGUUCUGUGAAGAUGGAAAUGUCGAGAUUGGGAAAGGGGUUGAAUUUUGUGCCUGGGAAGAGUUUGGACUUGGGAACAACUACUUCUGUUGAUGAUUUUGAGGAGGAUAGCAUUUUGUCAUCACCCUUUCAAGUCUCGGAAGAGCCAUUUGUGACUAGCUUCACUGAGGAUUUGUCUGCGGAUGUCAGUGGAGAAGAUGUUGACAGUGAUGAACAAACCACUCUGGCUGUUGAUUAUAGCACUGUAAUGACCACCAUGGACACUACCCCACCUGAGAGGACUGAGGAUUAUACCAAGGCCACAACCCCAACGGUCUUGGAGUCACUGAAGGGCAGUCGAAGACUGGUUGAUGAAGCUGAUGCCUCGGGAAUUCUUGCAAGAUUCUCCAUUGGUAGACUCGCUAUGUAA